AUAUAUUGCUUUUGAAGAAUUCCUGAGAUGGUCUUCAUGCUAAUGAGUUUAAAAUGUGAGUCCAAUAGUGACUUAGGUUUGCCCCACAUACCACUCCAUUGGUAUAUAAGGCCCUGGGCAGACUAUAAAUUUAAGACUCUAGAAACUGACUCUGCCCUUCAACUGAGCCUCCUUAUCCUCACAUCAUGAGCUUCUACAACAACUACUAUGGUGGCCUGGGCUAUGGCUAUGGUGGCCUGGGAUGUGGCUAUGGAUGUGGCUACGGUGGCUAUGGCUAUGCCUGCUACCGCCCAUGCUGCUAUGGAAGAUACUGGUCUUCUGGCUUCUACUGAGAAGUUCUAGGUGCUCAUCUGUUCAGGAUGUUCUCUGAUGAGGUACCAUGUGUACCCCCUGCAUUAAUCCAUAAUAAGGAUGUUCAUGUCUGUUCAGUAAUGACUACUGAAGCUUAGACUACCAUGCAACAGCAGACCUUUUUUGAUGGAAUUGCCCGAGUGUCCAACCGUUUAGAAAAAUAUUCAUUUGAUCUAUGUUACUAACUGAAUACAAUCUUAACCAUUUACAUUUUGGGAAAAUGUCAAAAUUGAUUUUUCAUUAAAGUUAUUCUG